UGUUCCUUAUGGUGUAGUUCUUCUCUAUUCUCUCUCUCUCUCUCCCUCCCUCGCUCUAAUCUCUCUAUCCGUCUCUCUCUCUCUCUCUCUCUAUCUGUGUGUGGGGGUCGGAGCCAUUAUGCGCGGGAUGGAGAUUAACAAUAACAGCAGCAGCAGUAGUAAUAAUACAGUAGCGCCGUUUGUGAUGAAGACGUACCAAAUGGUGAACGAUCCGGCGACGAAUCGGCUCAUCGCGUGGGGGAGGGCGAACAAUAGUUUCAUCGUUUUGGAGCCGUUGGAUUUCUCGCAGAGGAUUUUGCCGGCGUAUUUUAAGCAUCACAAUUUCUCCAGCUUCGUGCGCCAGCUCAAUACUUAUGUAUUGGAGCGAACAAUUUUGGGGGAGGAGCGGCGAAAAGGACUCAUAAAGUGUGAAAUUCGAUUGUGCUGCGGUGUGGAGGCCGUCGGCAAUGGUGGGUUUCAGAAAGGUGGAUCCCGACAGGUGGGAGUUCGCCAACGAGUGGUUCCUACGCGGCCAAACGCAUCUACUUUGCAACAUCGCGAGGCGGAAACACACCAGCAGAAGCGGCUGCAGCCACAUCAAGCAGGAAGACGACGAAGACGAAGACCUAAUAACAGAGAUUGCCAAGCUGAAGCAGGAGCAGAAGAGCCUCGAGCAGGAGCUUCAGAGCAUGAACCGUAGGCUGGAGGCAACAGAGAGAAGACCCCAACAAAUGAUGACUUUCCUCUGCAAAGUCGUGCAAGACCCCGAGAUCCUGCCGCGGAUCAUGCUCGAGAAGGAGAAGAUGCGCCGCCUGACAUCCGACAAGAAGAGGAAGCUCAUGAUCACAACGUCCUCGUCCAACUCGUUGUCUGGGAUGGCACUCUCCGGCUCCUCCAUCAAGAGUGAGGAUGAUCAAGAUCAGCCAAGCACAAUGGCGGAAUCCACCCCAAUCUCGUCGCCGGAUGGAAACUUCGACCAAGACGUUUACUGCCGGUCCUCUCCAUCGCUGGAUAUGUUGUCGCCGGAGUGGUUGAGCCAUGGCCGGGUUAAUGUAGGCGUCACGCCUAUGAUCAUGCCAGACCACCCUAAUUACGCCAGUGUGUCUAGUCCAUGGGGUGUUGACCCCAGCCGUGGAAGUGGCAGCUUGCUACCUUCAAGUAGUGGCGCUGCGAAUGAGGCGGCGGACGGUUUUGGUUAUUUGGAAAGGUUGGGGGCGGAGGAGAGUGGAUUUAAAGGUAUGGAGAAGAAUAAUAAGAUGAUGGGAUUUAGGAUUGCUGUUUGUAAAUGUAUUGUGUAAAUGUGUUGGACAGUAGUAGAUAAGAUUACAGGCUUAUAGAAAGUAUAUUAUCUUCUAUAUGCUGAUCUACUCUAUCUAUCUAUCUAUCUAUCUUAAUAUAUGUGAUAUGUGGUUGUUCUGUUA